GACUCAAAACCCACCAAGGGCAUCGAGGUUGCUUGCACAAGAGAAAAAAUUGUGGAGAUAAAACAGGUCCAAUCUUUACUCUGUUUCUUCGAAUUGGUCAAGAAACCAAACUCGUCAAAUAUGCAGAAGCUGAAGCAACUGAAUCUUCAGAAACUUCAGAGAAGGAAGAUCAAGGAUGAUCAUCUCAGACUGGCAAUUCCCGUUGGACCCCGUUUUCAAGCUGAUAUUCCAGAUUGGAUUGGUCCACCACCUCAAAGUGAGUCAAGUACUUCAAGUUGGUUAGGCACUCAAGUUUGGCCAAUUAAAGACAGGAGCGCAGAAACCAAAGGUGAUGCAAUUGGGAAAGGGAGGCCUGACUUUUGUCUUUGUGACUCCCCUGGUUCUGUAGAAUGCGUUAAACGCCAUGUUACUGACAGAAGGAUCCAGCUGCAGUAUGAACUAGGUCCUGCCUUUUGGAAAUGGAAAUUUGAUGAGAUGGGUGAAGAGGUUUCCAAGUUGUGGAAUAUGGAGGAGCAGAAGAAAUUUGAUUCUCUUGUGAAAAUGAAUCCCAUUUCAAAGGGUAAAAGUUUCAUGAAGCCUGCCUUAAAGUCUUUGCAAUGCCACUGCAGAAAAAGUAUAGUUAGUUACUACUUCAAUUCAUAUGUUCCUAAACGCAUAAGCAUGAAGACCAGGUCAGGAUGCAAGAUCAUCGAUACGGAUGAUGAGGAGGCUGGAGGGGCUUUGUAUUCCAAAUGUCCUCAAAAAAGGUCUCGAGCUGAGUACGUGAAGACACAUUACCUGACUGGGCGAAGAUGAUGCUUGGCAACUCGGGUACUAUUUUACAUUACCUCAUACAGUUCUAAGUACGUGAAGACGCAUUACCUGACUGGGCAAAGAUGAUGCUUGGCAACUCGGGUACCAUUUUAAAGUCUUUUCAGUCUCUGAUUGAGUUUAGAGGCCUUGUUUUGUAUUCUGUUGUAAAAUUUUGAUGCACAUAAAGUUUUUUUUUGACUGAGAACAAGAGUCAGCUUCAACUCUUGUAUCUGGAUCAUGUAUUGUAGGCAAUUGGUUAGUUUUGUGUGUACUAGUUGAGCUCUGAAGCCAUUUUAUAAACUGCUCACUAUAUUGUUUUUACUUGAAAGACUUUUCUUA